CUUCCGACUUCCGGCCGGGCCGCCAUCUCGCCGUGAGACAGCAGGAGCAGUGUGGGCGAUGUCGUCCUGUGCAGCCGCGUCUUGGGGCCCCAGCCGAAACCCGGUGAUGGAGCCGCACGGCGCCGGCCCCGUGCAGCUGCGCUUCUCGCCUUACGCUUUCAACGGAGGUACAAUAUUGGCAAUUGCUGGAGAAGAUUUUUCAAUUGUUGCCUCUGAUACUCGAUUGAGUGAAGGCUUUUCCAUCCACAGCCGGGACAGCCCUAAAUGUUACAAAUUAACAGAUAAAACAGUCAUUGGAUGCAGUGGUUUCCAUGGAGACUGUCUUACCCUGACGAAGAUUAUCGAAGCAAGACUAAAGAUGUACAAGCAUUCCAACAACAAGGCCAUGACCACGGGGGCCAUCGCCGCGAUGCUGUCCACGAUCCUCUACUCGCGGCGCUUCUUCCCCUACUACGUCUACAACAUCAUCGGGGGUCUGGACGAGGAAGGGAAGGGGGCUGUGUACAGCUUCGACCCGGUGGGGUCCUACCAGAGGGACUCCUUCAAGGCCGGAGGGUCGGCGAGCGCCAUGCUGCAGCCCCUGCUCGACAACCAGGUCGGCUUCAAGAACAUGCAGAACGUGGAGCACGUCCCGCUGACCUUGGACAGAGCCAUGCGGCUCGUGAAGGACGUCUUCAUCUCCGCUGCCGAGAGGGACGUGUACACCGGGGACACGCUCAGGAUCUGCAUCGUGACCAAGGACGGCAUCCGGGAGGAGACCGUGCCCCUGAGGAGGGACUGAGGCCUGCACUGCCGCGUGCCCUCGGGGACGGCCGCGUGCCGCCUGGCUGUGGCCCGUCUUCUCAGCAGGACGGAGCCGGGGAGUCGCGUCUCUCUUUCCUUUCGCUUUCCUCAUGCUUCCCACACUUUUCCGUCUUUCAGACAUUUCUGCGUUUUUAAGAAUGAAAAGACCCAGCAGCCCGUGUCAAUUUUCCCUGACGUUUAUGAGCAAGAAACGGAAGUGGAGAAGCUGACUUUUCUGCCCGCGCAGAUGGCCUGUCUCCGAAGAGGGUGUUCAUGCCACCCGAUGUAACCUUUAGUCCGUCUUGGUUGUAUUAAGACAUUAAGUGGACAUAAAUAAAAUACCUUAAGAUUUGUCUUGA